AUGGAGCAGAAGCUGCGACAGCCUGGUAUUUUUGGCCAGCUUUGCUGGGAUACAUACACGGUCAUCAUCCUCGGAUUCCCAGACCAGCCCGGCACCACUCGCGACGAUGUCCUGGCGACCCUGGACAGGAGCGCACUCAAGCUGCUCGAGGCGUACCCGUCGCUUGCAGGUCAAGUGAUCAAGACGGGCCAGACUGCCACCAACUCUGGCAGAUACGAGAUCGUGCCUUAUCCGCCGCAUCAGGGCAAAUCUCCCGUUCUCCGCAAGGACUGCACGCUCCUCUGCCCUGCGUACGAACAUAUCGUCAAGGCCGACGCCCCCUUCGCCAUGCUGGACGGAGAGGUCCUCUGCCCGGUGAAGGGCAUGGGUUAUCAGUACGAUGCCGGCACCGAACUGCCUGUGUUUGUCGCACAGGCCAACUUCGUCGACGGCGGCAUCCUCCUUUGUAUCGCCUCCAUGCACAACGCCCUAGACAUGAACGGCCAAGGCACUGUCUUGAAGAUGUUUGCUGCCGCCGGCAGGGGCGACGAGUACGACCCCAAGCUGGUAGCAGCAGGCAACCGGGACGCUGAUACCAUCGUCCCUCUCCUGGAACCCGGGGAGCCGGCUGCCGAUCUCGAUUUCAUGCGUCGUCCCUCCACGCUCCAGGCCGCCCCUCGACCGCCGAGCCCGCCAAGACCAAUCGAUUGGCACUACUGGCGCUUCUCGGCGAAACAGCUUCAAGACUUGAAGAAGGAAGCAUCGAGCGGACGCACCUGGGUUUCCACAAACGACGCCAUCACCGCCUUCCUUGUCCUGCGCCUCAAUGCAGUCCGCGUCCGCGAAGGACGAGUGGCCAAAGACGAGAUUGUCCAGCUUCAACGUGCCGUGGACUCGCGCUCAGUUCUCAAGCCCCCCGUCGAAGACGGCUACCUCGGCCACCUUGUGGCGCUGGCCGAGACGACCUGGAAAACCGCACAAGAGCUCGCCGACGCGACGUUGGCCGACGUUGCCGUCGAGAGCAGAGAAUCGCUCAAGCAGGUCGACGAUCACUUCGUUCGCAGCCUCGCCACACUCAUCAACAGCACCGAGGACAAGACAACAAUCUUCUACGGCGCCCGUGUCAAGCCCGGGAGGGAUUACUUGUGCUCUUCGUGGGCCCAGCUUCACUGGCUCAACACCUGCGACUUUGGCAAGGGCCUCGGCGCGCCGGAUUUCGUCAGGCGUGCGCGCAUGUCGCCCGUUCCUGAUUUGACCUACAUCAUGCCGAAGAACCGCGACGGGGAUAUGUUCCUCGCCACGUGCUUGUUCCACGAAGACUACGUGGGACUUGCCAACGACAAGGCCUGGACACAGCGGGCUUCUCUCACCGGCUAA